UACUAGAAGAAGAGUGACGCUGUGUUGUUCCAGAGUUCACUUGCGCUCUUUUAAACUAAAACAGCAACAUUUAUAGACGGACAACAGCGAGCAGAGCAGGACAAUAAAUCCACACACGCGCAUUGAUAACGAUGGAAGUAAAAGAGGAACCUCAGGAACUGAAUGAAGUGGAGGAGAGGCAACAGGAACUUCAUGAUGUCAUCACUGAACAAAAAUAUGACUCCAGUCAACGUGGAAAGAGUUCACAAAAAGGAGAACAUAGUGAUGACACAAGCAUUAACAAUGAAGAGAGACGUCACACGUGCAAGGAGUGUGGAAAGUGUUUUAAAUACGCUAAAAGCUUUAAGAAACAUUUGGAAACUCACACUGGAGAGACGCGGUUCAAAUGCCAUCAUUGUGAAAAGAGUUUUACACAUGCAAAGAAAUUGAGUAUACAUUUGAGAAUUCACCCUGAAGAGACAGCGUACAAAUGCCAUCAUUGUGAAAAGGGUUUUACACAUGCAAAUAAAUAUGAGAGACAUUUGAUAACUCACACUGGAGAGAUGCAUUUCAAAUGCUCUCAGUGUGAAAGGAGUUUUACACAGUUAAGUAACUAUAGGAGACAUUUGAGAACUCACACUGGAGAGAAACCAUUCACCUGUCUUCAGUGUGGGAAGGGUUUUACACGGAAAGAGACACUUAAUAUUCAUGAACUAAUUCACACUGGAGAGAGACCUUACACCUGUCCUCAAUGUGGAAAGAGUUUUAAAGAGAAACCUCAUCUUAAGAGUCACAUAACACGUCACACUGGAGUAAAGCCUUACACCUGUCCUCAAUGUGGAAAGGGUUUUGCAGAGAAAGCUCAUCUAAAGAGUCACAUAACAUUACACACCAGUGACAGACCUUACACCUGUCCUCAGUGUGGACAGGGUUUUAUACAAAAAUUGAGACUAGAAAACCACUUGAGAAUUCAUACAGGAGAGAAACCUUUCACAUGUACUUUGUGUGAAAAGAGUUUUAAAACGGAAUCAUAUCUCAAAGUCCACAUGCAGACUCAUUGUGAAGAAAAAUCUUUUAACUGUGAAGACUGUGGAAAAACAUUUUGCUCGUCAUAUUUCCUAAAACGACACCAGCGACAUCAUGUCAGUGAAAAGCUCCACAGGUGUUCUGUUUGUGGAAAGAGUUUUGCACUGUUGGAUUAUUUGAGAAAACACCAGAAAUUACAUACUGAAGAGAAAACUCACGUGUGCUCUGUGUGUGUGAAAGCCUUUUCGACAUCCAGAGCCUUGACAAAGCACCAAAAAGUUCAUACUAGAGAAAAACCAUAAACAUGAGAUUUACAUUACUUUAAGACACACAAGAGAGUUCAUACUGAAGAGGAACCGUAUCACUGCCCUCAAUGUAGAAAGAGUUUCACCUCAUCGAUGGGUCUAGCGAAUCAUACAAAAUCAUGUUGCUGAAAGUAGUCACCAAACUUAUUCACAGGUUCAAAACCUUAAGUAAAUAGCAGUGCUCCAGGCUGCAUUUUACAUCCAUUUCAGGAUUUUUCAAAAUAAAAUUAAUUCUUUAGCCAUCGAUCCCACACGUAUAUGAUUUGCGUACAGGAGGAGAGGAAAGUUUGGUUUUUUUAACAAUAUGCAAUUCCUACAGGUAAUCAAAUAUAUCCAUUUCAAACUUAAACUCUUUAAUGAGUAAAUAACUUGGUUGAAUGAAAUGAUAGGUGUAAAAAAUGCAUUGUAAAAGAUAUUAAGUGAAACUGUUGUGGUUUUGAGUUUACGAAAUUAUCUCAGAAUAUUCUUCACACACCUGUCUAUAAAACAUUUAUUGAUUUUUUGUGUGAGAAAUUGAACUACAUUAUGUUUGAGUGAUUGUGAGUAAAAUAUGAAUGAAUUUCA